GAUGUCGCAACGACUCAAUCUAACCUCCUGAAAAAACUAGCAGCGUCCUACUCGAAGUAACUGUCAGUUCACGGUACGUCAUCGUAAAGCGAUUUCGUUAAGGUUAUUUCGUGCGUACUCGUCUCGUAAUUAGUUCGUCAUUGAUAAGCGAAUCCACAUUCACGACACAUGGCUAACAGAUCGUUGCUAGAUGGUAAAUCAUAAAAAUUUGAAUACAUUCAAGCCAAGGAUAAGAAUAGUGUCUUAAUCGAAGAAUUGGAACGGUAUUCGCCACGGCAUUCACAGAGAUGGUUGGAUUGGCGGGCGGGGGAGGUCAUCUGUAUCCCUCGCCCCCAAUGCAACCUAAUCCAGAGUUGAGAGAAAUGACAGGUAUCGCUCCUAGUGCUCCAACUAGUGCAGAUGCUUGUUUAAGUAUAGUUCAUUCGCUAAUGUGUCAUCGACAAGGUGGCGAAAGCGAAGGAUUCAGCAAGCGUGCCAUCGAGUCUUUGGUAAAGAAACUUAAAGAAAAACGAGACGAAUUGGAUAGCUUGAUAACUGCUAUCACUACAAAUGGAGCACAUCCCAGUAAAUGUGUUACAAUACAAAGAACUCUUGAUGGUAGGCUACAAGUUGCUGGCCGUAAGGGUUUCCCUCAUGUUAUUUAUGCACGUAUCUGGAGAUGGCCAGAUUUACACAAAAACGAAUUAAAACAUGUCAAAUAUUGCCAGUUUGCUUUCGACUUAAAGUGUGAUUCUGUAUGCGUAAAUCCAUAUCACUAUGAGAGAGUUGUAUCUCCUGGCAUAGACCCGUUCUUUACAGACCUAUCUGGGCUGACUCUGCAAUCAGGAGUAGGCGUUGGACCAGGUGGUAGAUUGGUCAAAGACGAAUACUCGGUUGGCGGUGGAGGAAAUGCAGCGGCUGGAGCAGUAGGAUCUGCAAUGGAUGUUGACGGGGAAAUGAAUCAAACCAUUCAGCACCAUCCGCCUGCACAACCUACUUCGUCUAAUAACACUCAAUCGUCUCAGCAAACUUUUAUACCAGGCCUAACACCGUCUAAUCCAACUAGUGGUGAGGGUAUGUUUGGCAGUAAUGGGGCAGGGAAUAAUGGUGGUAAUCCCCACAAUAAAUUGGACGACAAUAAUUGCCCCAGGCAAACCUGGAUUCCUACACCUCAUCAUCCUACAACGCGUAACAUUCAUCAUCCAGUAGUACAUCCAAUGAGUCACACCGUAGGUAGCCAACAACAAUCAUUGAGUACAUCGAGUGGAGGCAAUGGCGCGCAAAUGCUCAGUCCUUCGCAAGGACAAUCUACCGAAGCUUUUUACGGAACUAAUACACCUCCUCAAGACCUCAAUCAACCUCCAAGCGUCGAUGCAUUAACAGCAUCUUUAGGUGAGGGUCAGAGUUCUCCUGUAUCACCUGUACAUAUUCAUCAUCCAAAUGGAUUUCCAGUCGGUACAGCUGCGUACAAUUCGGGAGCACCACAAUGGACUGGAGCCAAUACUCUCAAAUAUCAUCCUACUUCUUACUGGGGUGGCCACGGCGGUGAAGUAGGCGGGAACAUUGGUGGUUUACUCUCUACACAGCCAGCACCGGAAUAUUGGUGUUCUGUUGGCUAUUUUGAAUUAGAUACGCAAGUAGGUGAGACGUUUAAAGUAAGCAGCGGUUGCCCUACUUUCACUGUUGAUGGAUAUGUUGAUCCAAGCGGCGGUAAUAGAUUUUGUUUAGGAGCAUUAAGCAAUGUACACAGAACAGAACAAAGUGAAAAGGCACGUCUUCACAUAGGGAAAGGAGUUGUGUUAGAUUUAAGGGGUGAAGGAGACGUUUGGUUAAGAUGUCAAAGCGAACAUAGUGUUUUUGUACAGUCUUAUUAUUUAGACAGAGAAGCAGGUCGUGCACCCGGUGAUGCAGUACAUAAAAUUUAUCCCUCCGCAUAUAUUAAAGUUUUCGAUUUACGACAGUGUCACAAACAAAUGAGAGGACAAGCCGCUACUGCUCAAGCCGCAGCUGCGGCACAAGCUGCUGCUGUAGCUGGUCAUUUAACGCACGGUGCACCAAUUACUAAAAGUCUGAGUGCAGCAGCUGGUAUAGGCGUAGAUGAUCUCCGACGACUCUGUAUUUUGCGUUUAAGUUUUGUAAAAGGUUGGGGCCCCGAUUACCGUCGACAAAGUAUAAAAGAAACUCCGUGCUGGAUAGAGGUACAUUUGCAUAGAGCUCUUCAAUUACUGGAUGAAGUUUUACACACUAUGCCAAUUGAUGGUCCACGGGGAAUUGAAUAAUUUUAUUUAACAUUGGAUAAUACAUAUGAUACAAAAAAAAGACAUCACAUUACUACAGACUCUGCAUCAAGUGUGCAAAAUGUAUAAAAUGCAUACAUAUACGAUACUGUGUGGUAUUGUUAAAGAUUUUUGGGGGAAAUCAGCAAAAGAUGUUGGUUCAAAUGAAAACAGUGCGAAUUUUAUGUCCAAAAACUAACAUAGAUUCGCAUCGCUUAGGACUUUCACUGACAUUUUUUAUAUAUUUUUCACACAUGAUUUGCCGCGUAGGAUGAAAUGUGUGCCACGGCCUUGCAUUACCGUCAACGUACAAACGUUAUGCAAAGGAAAUAUUAUUUUUCUUUAUGGAAAGUUAUUUUUUAAGAAGAACGGAGUGCAUCUAGAAGAAAAAAAAGGUAGGAUGAAAGACUUCUAUUUUAAUAGGCAGUCGGUGUCCGAUUCAAGAGAGAAAAAAAAAAAAUAAUACAUUUUCCAUGGCAUGGCCUGGUGAGCUCAGCAAAAUGCGUGAGUAAAACGUGAUACUUUCGGAAACGUUAAUAGUCAUAAUCUCGUUUUUUGAGAUUAGCUUUGUAAGAUAGCUUAACUGACAUACAUCCUACUUAAAAAAAACAAUGACAAAUUUUAAGCUCAAUGUUUAUGUUGAAUAUAACAAACAAUGAAAAAAUCGAUUGUUUAUCUGUGCACAGUAGGAGGUUUUCUAAAAGUGCAAUAUGUUUCAAAGUACUGUCGGAUAACAACUUUAGUAUGUAGUAUUACAAUAAGUAUAAUAUAAGCCAUUCUAUAACUAUGUAGUAUCAAAGGAAAAAUAUUGGUAGUGUACAGUCGAGCGAAAAAUCUCUGCAUAAUUGAACAUUAAUGGGAACAAUAAUAUUGAGAAAACUAUAUAAUGUACUAGGGAAUCAUAUGUUUAUCAUGUCCGUAUUAGUUGUAUUGGCAGUAGUUUGAUACUGUGCUAUUAGAAUAACCUUCUAUAUUGUCGUCUGUUUUAUAAUUUACAACCAAAAAAUAUCACUACACGAAUACCUGCAAUGUUUGGUUAAUAAUGAUGUUUCAUGUCUUCUUCUUUUUUCUUUCUUCUUUGGGGGGAAUUUUUUUUUUUUUUUAAUUUUUUUUUACAUUACUUUUCCUCUAAGGACAUGAAUUAAUUCUGUAGUUAGUAUUAUUAUACUUAUUAUUAGCGUAGUUGUUAGAGGCGAGACAAAUUUGAGAGCGUUUAGGAUGUAAUACGAUUUUGUAUUUGAGAAAUCAAACGAGGAUCGAUCAUGUAUUUGUCAUAUAUCAGCUUGAAUUUAAUUGUCUCCCUUCUAAUCAACCACCAAUGUUACUACUAUUACCAUGUAGUACUUGUUGAAUAAUUAUAUUUACUGUUUACCAACCAUUUUAUUAUUCUAUAUUCGUACAAAAUAUUCUUAUAUUUGAUAAUAUUAUCAUACAAAGAAAAAUUUGACCAAAUUUUAUACCUACCCGCGUAUGUGUGCAUAUGUAUGUGUAUACAACAGCAUACAAGAUAUUAUCUUGUGUUUCACUUAUUUUAGGCAAACAGAACAGUCCUGCUUUGUUUUUCUAAUCAAUGCACAUUAUAAUAUUCGAAAUUUUUGCUUCUUUGUUGUAAUUGAUUAAAGAUUAUUAUAGUUGUUUGCGUUCAUGUUGUUCUUACGUUUCUUUAUAUUUAUGAUAAGUUUCAUUGACACAAAGGCGAGUGGAUUUUUUUUAUAUAUAAGCAUGCCUAUCAGCAUUGUAUUAGAAGUAAAGAACAAGUUAGUCUUGAGCAAGCAACGUUCAGUUAUUGCGAGAUGCUUUGUUUUUCUUGCUGUGAAAAGUUACGUACCAUUUUGUGUGACAAAAACGUGAUCGAAAAAAAAAAAAAGGUUUAUCAAUGCCGUCAAAAUGGCACGAUCUAAGGGAAAAGUGCUGAGAUGAAAGGGAAAGCAAGGAGAAUAGUGUUAUAGUAAAAGUAACAAAAGGAUGUGCAUUUUUUAACAAAUAAUAAAACAAAGAGUAAUUUUAUUGACUAAAUUAAAUUUUACUAUGAUUGUACUUUAACGGUGAAAUUCAUGGGACAUCGUUUCCAUGGAUUUUCUGUCUACACCAAACAAAAGAUCUAGAGCUCAAACAAAAGAGGAAAAAGUCGCGUUUAAGCAUACUUACCAUCAAGUUCGCUUUAGAAACACAUGUGCCAUCAUUUUCAUACAUACCAUACACAAAAUAACGAACAAAUAAAAGAUUUUUUAUAAAUCCUAUUUUUUACCAAGCUCACGAACUGCGUAUUCAACAUAUGUUUAAAUUGUGAUGCUUCAGUACGUCCUAAAUCCAUAGAUUGUACGGGAUCCAGAGAAACAAAAACUUUGUAUAUCUACAUUAAGUUGAAUUAAAUGUAUGCGAGAACGUGAUAUGUAUUGCAAAAAAUUGAUGCGUUAAAAACCAAUUGUAGCGCUCGUAAUUACUGUAGGGUUCAUCGACAUAUGCAUAUGAGAUAAGAAGAAUAAUUGAUACACGAAGUAUAAUUUAAAACUCGGAAAUUUUACAACAGAAAUUAUUAUUAAUUAAUUAAGAAAUUAUUAAAACAGAUAUUUUAUCGAUGUCUCCGAACAAUAGUUUCGUAUAUAUAUUAGAAAACUGGUAUCAAAGUGCAAUAGCCCUGUCUCGUGUCAAAGGUACCAUAAUUAAUAGUUGUUAAUGAAAUGCCUAUGUAACUUACGUUAACGAUUAAAAAAUGAUAACGGUAAUUUAAUAAGGGAUACUAUACUCUAAUUAUUAUUGCUUUUUUCACUUUUAUCAAGGUAGUCUAUGCGGUAUAACUUGCUAUUUAAAGAUUUUACCAAUUCGCUUAAUGUCACAAUCAAUGACGAAGCCUAUACUUUUAUCGUUUAAUACCUUCUAUAUAAUUUUACCAUAAAAAGUAACAUUUCAAUCGUUAUUUUUAUUCGAUCCUCGUCGAUCGAAUUCUCGGACUAUUUGUCGCUAUUAAUUUUGCUUCGAUUUUAGACAUAGUGAUGUAUUCUAGCGCGAGGCUUCGUCGUUAAUUACAACUAUUGAGACUCAAAGACUUGUUCUUAAACUCUAGGAACAUAUACACAAGCACGUACAAUAAAUAUCAGAAUAGAUUUAUACAUUUACCAUUACUAUUUGUAUCGAUUAAAGAAUUAUCUGUAAAGUAAUAUAUUAAUACAUUUUUUACUAGGCUUUACAGACGUGACUUGAACAUAAAUUGUUUUAUAGCAUACAUCUGUUCAUACGUUUGGAAUAAUCGAGUCUUUUGAAAUUUGAUCGAGAAACGGCAAUCUAAUCGUGAUUAAUUUUUUUUUCUUUUCAAACAAAUCAUGUAUGUUUAAACCAAAGAUUUCGACGAUACGAUUACAUUAUAACGUGUCAUGGAUAUGUACGAAAUGUAAAAGUAAUUAUUCUUAACAAAUGUGUCGCAAUACAUAAUGCAAGUAGAGUCGCAUGUAAACAUUUUUUAAUCGUAGAUUCGAACACAAUUUCAUUCGGGUGUAGAUUUUCAAGGUGUUGGAGUCGGAAUGUCUUGGCGAAUUCUACAAAUGUAUGAAUCGGAAAAAUUAUAAAUUAUUAGUUGCGAUUAUCAUCUAUACAGGUAAAUUAUACACGCGAUUUCUGCACAUUUGUAAAACUACGACGAUAACGCAUUAUUAGAUUGUUGAAAUGAAAUUUGUCUACAUACGUGCCGAGUGUAAAUUGUAACAAUGUGGUUAAACAGGCUAUGAAAUUAGAGAUAGUUAUUACAACGCCUGUGCACCAUGUUGUAAAGCACAUAUACUAAUGAAACUUGAAUGGAUGUGUUUACAAACUUUUUGUUAUUGUAUAUUAUAAAUACAUUACAUUAUA